AUGCCCCUAUGUGUCAGUCAACCAAAUCCUAACUAUAAGGUUUCUACUUUUAUUAUGCAUGAUACUGGUGCCUGGAAUGUUCCUUUAGUGCAAGCUUUCUUCACUAGGGAAAAUUGUUUGAAAAUAUGCAGCAUGAAAAUUCCCAUCUCUGGUAAUGAUACUCUUGUAUGGACUUAUAAUAAGAGUGGGAUUUUAUCUGUUAAAUCUGUUUAUAAAUUACUAGCUAAUGAGAUUCCUCAUAAUUCAAACAAUAAUCCUGAUAUUGAAGUCCAUAAAUCCCUUUGGAAAUCUCCCCUUUUGCCUAGAACCCAACUUUUCGUUUGGAAAUGUGUUGAAAAUAUUCUUCCUACAGGUAGUAAAUUAGUGAGAUACAAUAACAAUCAUGAUGACAGAUGUAAGGUAUGUAAUUCUGAUGUUUUUGAAACUCCUGAACAUAUGAUACUACAUUGUUCCUUUGCUAGAGAUGUGUGGUCUCAUAUCCCAAGUAUCAGUAACCUUAUUUUGCAGGAUCUGAAUUCCAGUAUUAGCUUAAAAGAAUGGGUCACUAAAUGGCUUACAACAAGACAAUUACAAACCCAUCUUGUUACUGUGCUGAACACUGCUUGGUGUAUAUGGAAAGAUAGGUGUUCUAAAGUCUUUGAAAAUAAAACACCUAACCCACAGUUCACAGCUAGGACUUCCCUUAGAUUAUCUGAAGAAAUUUCCAGUAAUAUAGUGACCACUCCUAUUACUAAUUCUGUCACUUCAGUUCAAGACAACAAUGCUAGUUUACUGCAACAAAUUUCACAAGAUAGUUUAAUAUUAUUCCGUGAUGCUUCUUUUGAUAAAGAUACUAAUAAAUCUGGAAUUGGGAUUGUGGCUAUGAAUGCAGUAGGUGAAUUCAAGGACUGCAAGUUAAUUUCAAGAAGCACGACAAGUCCCGAGGAUGCUGAAAGUGGUGCACUGCUGGAAGCUGCCAAAUGGAUCAGAGAGAAAAAUCUUCAAAAUGUUUACUUAAUCAGUGAUGCCAAAAAUAUUGUGGCAUAUCUUAAUCAUAACAGAGGCCAAACUAGUUUGACCUCCUGCUCAAUUCUAGAUGACUGCUUAUUUCUUUUGAAGGAUCAUCAUUUAGUUAAAUUUUUACAUGUUAAAAGGGCUAUCAAUAGUGCUGCAGAUGCUGCUGCCAAGCAUAGUAGAGUCAGUAAUAUUUCAGGAGAAUGGGAUGGAAAUAACUGUCCAUAUUUCCUUCAAAAUAUUGUAAACUCUCAUUAA